UUUUUUUUCUUUUUUAUGGUUUUCUUUAUCAUCGAGAACCUUCUUUUCGUUAACAAUGAUCCUUCGUAGUGUGAAGCAGUCUGUCUGGGGCAGCUCAUGGCUCCAAGCUUUCAAUACAACUCCAAUUCAUGAUAGGAUCGAUAUUCAUAAACCACCUUCCGUUUGGGUCUUGAUCUCUGUUGGGUUAGGAACUAUCACUUACAGCAUGCUAGAAAUUUUUAGCCAAUAUACUCAUGCUUAUUUGGUUGAGAAUGUAACGAUAUGCUGCCUGCCUCUGGGUUUGCAUUGCCAGUAGUGAGCUCUGGGGCAAAUCUAUUCAGUUCUUUAAAGUAUCGGUUGUUUGCGUUUACUCCACCGCGCAGUAAGAUUUCAUCAUACAUUUUGUCAUUUUGUCUGAAAAUACCUUCUUAUGUGGCAUUCUUCCUGCAGGGAGUUCCGGAACAAAAGCUUCGAGCCCACUUGUGUUCCUUUGGUGUAACUGGAAAUCUUGCACUUCAACCAAUGUAUACCUUGUCUGAUACAUCUCCUCCCUCUCUGCUACUGUUGGAUCUGUAAAUUUUUUGUUGAAGCAAUUUUCGUAUGACAUUGUGAGGCUCCAUUAGAGGUGGUCAGAAAAGCAGAGUUGCAUUUUGCGUGACAAGCCAUCCAAUCAUCUGUUUCUUGUCUAAGGAUUGAUGAGUAUGAUUAUGCGUUUUUUACUAUCCCAAACUGUAGGAUUUGAAUGCAGUUGAGGUGCUCAUUCAAGGUCUGGUCUUGUUCCAAGGAGGAAUUCUGAUGGUUAGUCACAAUGAGCAUGUAAUAUCUGGAAGCAUGGACGAGCUCUGGGUGGUUUCUCAAGGCAAGGUGGUGCCUUUCCAUGGGAAUUUCCAGGAUCAUAAGAAGAUACUUCAGUCCUCGUUGAAUCAGGAUGUUGAUGGAAGUGUUUCUUUCUUCUGGGGAAGUGAUUCUGAAGGUAAUCUUGUCCUCUCGGAUGAUGCAGAAGUUGUGAAGAAGGGCUGUGGGAAAUCCUUUGCACCAUUCUCGAAAGGAUGCUUCUUUACCAGCUCCAAAGGUUUGAGGAGUUAUGAGCACCCACCGAAUGAGGUGAAGCCGGUUCCUAGGGUGGACAGCUCUGGCCAAGUGUGCGGCGCCACAUUCAAAGUGGACGCGGAGACUAAGAAGGAGUCCAGCAUGCCUAGAGUUGGGAGUGCUGCGAACUGGUCCUCGCACUACUGAGUCGUAUGGUUUGUGGCCCUUUUUCGGCCAGGCCAUUAGGUAUUGAAUGGCCUUCUGUUGCUUAUGACCCAGUCACCCUUUCUCAUACAUUAACAAUUUUCAACUCUAAUGGUCGGUUGCUCUGUGUUGAGAAUUUGAGAUAACAUUGUUUUAUCCAGCUGUAUAUGUUGCUUAUAGAACUAAGCCUUUACAAAACCUGAUCAUGCUAUGUGCAAUAAUAUCUUUUUGGCAUUUCAUU